AUGGCGGAGAGUCUCUACUAUGCACGAGUCAGUGAUAUCCACGAGCUCGAAGUGAUCAUUGAGAACAUGAUCAAGGGCAAGGAGCGAAUGGCAAAGCGUGACGGGAUGCCCCGACACUCGCGGAGCCGUGAUAGUCGCGAUACCAGACGGGAAGAGUCGCAUCGACGUGACCGCCGAGACUCCGACCGUCGUCGUGACGACUAUCGCAACCGACCCCGGGUGACACUCGCCGAAGUUUCGUUAGACUACCUACUAGGUGAACUGGAGGGCCGUGAAGCUACUCAAGCCAGUGUCGAGCUUUCGGAUGAUGAAGGGGACUCAUACGUUGACGACACAGAGGACUACGGAGGGUACCAAUCCGACGGAGCGCGCAGCAAUACUUCAGUGGCCGACAAUGACCGACAUCUCGUUGCGGCCAAUGAGAGUGAGCGACGUGCUGCAGCUGAAGGCAUAUACGCCCGCUCAGACAAUCGUCAGCCACGAGGGAACGUAUCAGAUCGCGAGCGAGGCUUCAAUCAAGACCGUCGAGGAGGUGAGCGAGGCUUCAACCAGGAUUACCAUGGCAGGCGUGACUACGACAAUCGCAACUUCAACAGAGAUAACCGACGUCCGCACUAUGGACCAUGUGCCGCGUGUGUGGGAUGA